AAAAUUGACAGCGCAUUGCGCAAAAACGCCAAAAGAAAAACUCAAAUCAAAAGAGCGAAGUCAAGUGUGCAUGUUUCACGGAUAAACAUGUUAAAAAGUUCUUCAGAAAUUUUAGUUUUAUGUUACAUUUGGUGCCCAAAUCAUUCUAUACGGACUGAUAUAUUGAACAUAUCCCCGUCUUGAUCAAGUGUGAUACUUAGAAAAAUAAAUAGUGAAUUCUUAGUUCAGCAGAUUUUAGUUUAGUUUUAUCCAAAAACAACGUUCCACAAUGCCGAAAGGAAAGAAAAAGGGUAAAUACGAUCACAAGAGGACAGAGGUGUAUUCAUCAGAUGAAGAUGCAGGCAUCGACAUGGGGGAUAACUACUCCGAAACAUCCGGCCAGUCCGACAUGAAGAGUACCCACGACGAUGCAGAUAACGAACUGCAAGAGAAGCUCGAAGACAAAGUCGUAGAAGCGAUCGACGCCUUAUCCGCUCGUUCGAACGCGGCGCGCGCGGCGGCGCUAGUGUCGCUGCGUGCCGUGCUGCAGCGGCGGCACCUGUCGCACGUGCUGGCCAAUCACAGGGCGACGUUGGCGGACCACGUGACCCGCAUGCUGCGUCGCGGUAAAGACGGGGAGCGGCGGGCGGCCGCGGCUAUUGCGCCGACGCUGGCUUUGCAGAUCGGUGAUGAUUUCGCGGAGGAGUUCAUUCGCGAGGUGCGUCCGGCGCUCACCGCCGUCGCCACCGACAAGACAGCCUCGCUCGACUGUCGCACUGAGUGCUGCUCAUCGCUGGCUAUUCUGUGCUACCUGCUGGAAGACGACCUGGCAGAGAUACUGGAGGUCCUCAGAGUGUACGAGACAAUAUUCAGUGGCAGCUAUCUCAAGGGCGACGGCACAGUCAAAGUCACCGGCUCAGCAGUGGAAGAGGGCGCGUACCACGCGGCGGCUCUAGACGGGUGGGCGCUGCUGCUGCCGCUGCUGCCCGCGCACCACGCGGCUUCUCUGCUGAACGAGCAGCCGCCCGGCUUCGCGAGGUUGGGCGGGCUGCUGGAGGCUUGCAGUGUCGAGGUGCGCAUGGCAGCCGGCGGAGCGCUGGCCAUCGCCUACGAGCUGAUAGAAGAGUGCUUCGACGACCCACAGCAACAUAUAGAGGACAUGCUGCCGAGACUGCGCGAGCUGGUCAAAGACUCGUGUAAAUUCAGGGCCAAGCGCGACCGCAAGAUUCAGCGGGCCACGUUCAGGGAUAUCUUGAAGUAUUUCGAGGACGAUGAGAUCCCAUCCCUAACCAUCCGAGUGGGCACAGAGCAGAUAACCCUAGAGAGCUGGGCGGGGCAGGCACUCUACUCCCACCUGGCCCGCACGCUCGGCGCGGCGUUAGUCACUAUGGCACCCCACUCCGGAGUCUUGAGAAGCGCUUUGGGCCUGAGUGAGACCCCCGCUAUUAUCAGCGCUGCGGAUAAGGUUAAUAAGCGGACACGGCAUCUUCAGAACAACGCAGCGUGCAAAGCUCGGACCCUGGCCCGUAACAAGAACCGAGACAAAAGAUCCGCCACACUGGCCUUGUGAGGACCACUGGACACCCUGUAUAACGACGACAGACGCCUCGCGACCAUCCUGUAUGUUCCAACGACUUACAAGACUCUUGAUAUUUUAGCAACAAACGUAUAGAUCAGAAAAACAACUGAGGUGAUAAAUAUAUGAACUGAUUGGUUCUAAGUUUUCUUACGAAUCAAUUGCGCAAUUUGCAACUCGUUACAUUUACAUUUCGCCCCGUUCGAACGGUGGUGACGUUUUUAUACGUACUGUUGUUAUGAAGCUGUAAAGUUUCUAAACAUAAAUAUGUGGCUUAUUCAUCUCAGUUGUGUUGCCUAAAGCGUCCACCAUUUAUACAACGCAUAUAAGGGUCAACAUGUCUUUGUUAAUUCUAGUAUUGUCA